AUGCCGCUUCGAAGACCUCAUCAGAAAUCCCGCAACGGCUGUACUGAGUGCAAGAGACGCCGAGUGAAAUGCAAUGAACAGCAACCUUGUCACAAUUGCAUUAAGUACCAGAGUCAAUGCAUCUAUCAGACAGAUCUGGGACAACACAGACGAAGCCCAGUUAAGUCAGGGGUAUCAUUUCCUACUGUAGAUGAGAUUGAUUCAAAUUCAAUCAUCCGCGCUAUAGAAUCAUCCGCCGCUACACUUCAACAUAAUUUGGCUAGAAGCGCAGACUUCGAAGCAGCAGAUCUUGAGCUCAUGCAUCACUUCAGCACGUCAGUUGCUAAAAAGUUAUCUAAUCGCAACGAAAUCCAAGAAGUCUGGGCGGUCGCACUUCCCAAAGAAGCAUACUCAUGUGACUACCUCAUUCACGGGUUACUUGCUCUUUCGGCUAUUCAUUUGAGCUCUUUCGACCGAGAGCAUAGACAUGAUUAUAUGGGCCUGUCUAUCUAUCAUCUCAACAAGUCUCUUGCUGACUUUAGGAAGUGCCUUGUCGACAUAUCAACAGAUAACUGCGUACCAUUAUUUGCCGCUUCAUCUGUUAUGGUCAUCCAUGUGUGUGCGCAGUCUGCCCUGGAGAGAAAUCCAAAGGCAACCCAAGGUAAUCUCCAGUCGCAAAUUGAAAUGCUCAUGAAGCUUUUCAACAUGUGCAGAGGGGUUGAGACCAUACUUGCUCCGUAUAGUGAAGAUAUCCGUGGGAGCUCUUUGAGAUCUUUACUGCAUGAGGACUACUCUCUAGUUUCUUCUCUAUCAAGGUAUCGUCAAGACGAGCUGCAGAUAAUCUUGUAA